GUGCUGUGCCCAUGUCCGUGGCCUCUGUCCCCUGCUCUGUCCCACGUGGGGGCUCCAGGCCCUGCUCCCCACCCCAGGGGGUUCACUGGGGCCACAAACUAAAGUGGGGUUUGCUCGGGGACCAGGAGAUGUUCCCACGCAGAGCGGUGCCCACCUCCCGCGGUGCCCAGCUGCUGCAGGGAGAAGGGCGAUGGCCCCGUCCCGUCCCCAUAUCCCCAUCGCCCUGUCCCGCAUACAGCACAAGGGCUGGGGGGACAAAUGCCACCCCAACCCCAUUCCAAAACCCCGCCAAGAGCCAUCGGGGCCGGGCGAGGGGCCAGCGGAGGCCGUCCCCGGGCAGCCGCGCAGCGCACGCAGCGCCUUGGCUGCAAAGGCUGGGAAAAGGGCAGGCAGUUCCUGCCGGAUGCCAUGGUGAUGGGAGGGCGAGGGCCGCAUGAAUACCCAUGAGCAGGGGGAGCGGGGAGCCCGCUCUGCGCGGUGCCCUGAAUGCAAAGACCCCGCACAAAGGGCUGCGGCCGUGCACGGGGCCAUCGCUGUGCGGCGGGGCCGUGGGCGAGCGGUGCCGGCCCCGCACCGUGCCCCGGGGCUCACCGGGGCACCCCGGCACAACUCCCUGGGGGAUGCAGGACCCGGGGGGGGGUGGUGGUGGUGUCAGGGUGGGAUGGAUUGGGGCUGGGAGCCGUUCCCGUGGUAACGGCGGGUCCCAGUUUCCACCAAUCGAUGUGGCGGCGCGGGCUGGGAGGGCUGGGAGGGCUCGUGGCCUACAUAAGCCCCCGGCGGGCACCGCGCGCCCGCGCCGCGCCGAGCCGCCGGCAGAUGCACUUGCGAAGCCAUGGUGAGGCUGACGGGCACACGGCCCGCGGCCGCCCGCGGCUGGGGCUACAGUGCCACGGCCUUCCUCCUCCUCCUCCUCACCGUGCAAGCCGCCCAGAGAGCCGACCUCGGCGGCGACGCCACGGCUGCCACCAUCAACCACUCGCUGACGCUGCUGCAGCGGCUGCAGGAGCUGCUGCAGAACGGCAACAGCAGCGACUCGGUGCUGCGGGUGCGCACGGCCGCCUCCGACGAGGCCAAGGUCUUCCACACCCACCAGCUGCUGCUCAGCCUCCAGAGCGAGGUCUUUGAGGGCCUCCUGCGCAACCAGAGCGUCGUCACCCUGCACGAGCCCCCCGAGACCGCCGCGCUCUUCGAGAAGUUCAUCAGGUACCUGUACUGCGGGGGGGUCUCCAUCCUGCUGCACCAAGCCAUCCCCAUGCACCAGCUGGCCAGCAAGUACCGGGUGUGGGGGCUGCAGCGCGGCGUGGCCGACUACAUGAAGAGCCACCUGGCCAGCGAGUCGAGCCAGGGCCACGUGGUGGGCUGGUACCACUACGCCGUGCGCGUCGGGGACGCGGCGCUGCAGGAGAGCUGCCUCCAGUUCCUGGCCUGGAACCUGUCGGCCGUGCUGGGCAGCGCCGAGUGGGCUUCGGUCAGCGUGGAGCUGCUGCUGCUGCUGCUGGAGCGCUCCGACCUGGUGCUGCACAGCGAGCUGGAGCUCUACACCGCCGUGGAGAGCUGGCUGAGCCGGCGGCAGCCCGAGGACGCGGUGGCCGAGCGGGUGCUGCGCGCCAUCCGCUACCCCAUGAUCGCGCCCAGCCAGCUGUUCCGGCUGCAGGCGCAGUCGGCGGUGCUGGCGCGGCACCACGGCGCGGUGCAGGACCUGCUCUUCCAGGCCUUCCAGUUCCACGCCGCCUCCCCCCUGCACUUCGCCAAGUACUUCGACGUCAACUGCAGCAUGUUCCUGCCCCGCAACUACCUCGCGCCCAGCUGGGGCUCCCAGUGGGUCAUCAACAACCCGGCGCGGGACGACCGCAGCACCAGCUUCCAGACCCAGCUGGGGCCCAGCAGCCACGACGCCGGCAAGAGGCUGACGUGGAACGCGCUCUUCUCGCCGCGCUGGCUGCCCGUCAGCCUGCGCCCCGUCUACUCGGACUCGGUGUCGGGCGCCGUCCAGGCGGCGCGCAUCGAGGACGGCCGCCCGCGCCUCGUCGUCACCCCGGCCAUGAGCAGCCCCGACUUCGCCGGCGUCAGCUUCCAGAAGACGGUGCUGGUGGGCGUGCGGCAGCAGGGCCGCGUCUUGGUCAAGCACGCCUACAGCUUCCACCAGAGCUCGGACGAGGCGGCCGACUUCCUCGCCCACGCCGACCUGCAGAAGCGCACCUCCGAGUACCUCAUCGACAACUCCCUGCACCUGCACAUCAUCAUCAAGCCCGUCUACCACUCCCUCAUCAAGGCCAAGAAGUAGCGGGGACGAGCCCUGCCCCGCUGAUGCCAGACUGGGUGCGCGGGGCUCUGCCUCUCCAGCCCCCCCCCCCCCUUUUGUAGGUAGACAGAGGUCCCCCGGGGCUGUGCCCCCCGCUGCACACCCCUGCCCGGCUGUCCCUGUGCCACCCCAUGUCCCCGUCACCGUCCCUGGGUGCCUGCGGGGAGCUGGGGAUGGGGAGCUCUGGAAACACGCAGCCGGGGGGCUCAGCCUGUGCUGGGCUCACAAACCCAAGGGGCACCAGGGUGGGGACAGGGACAGCCCUCGUAGUGCCACCCCGCAGGCCCUGCGGCCGCAGCUCGGAGCGUGGCAGGGCAGGGGGCUCCCAGCUGCCUCCCCUGGCAGAGGACACUUGUGGGGUGCAGCCCCCGCUCGCAGCCAGCAGCUGCCUCACCCCUGCCCGGGCGCCCCUUACCCCUUCCUAAUAAAAGCAGAAAACAAG